UUUGUUGAAUGAAUGCAAUGAACGCAUGUUUUGUGUGUUUUGUUAAUUGCUUUCAAAUCGCUAACUAAUCCACAAAUGAUUUAAUCUUCCGUUGGAUCAACUCUGUCACCAAAAUGGCCGACAAAUUAUCCCAACUAUACGACAAUUACAACCAAUUGGACGCCGCGAAGGACAACAUCACUCAAUUCGAGUCCUCGUAUUUGUCGAUAUUAUCGGCGGUGAAGGGCAGCCCUCAGGAGAAGCAGUUGUGCUCUCAGUUCAUCUCCAAGUUCUUCGUCCACUUCCCCAACCAUUACGACACAGCCAUCGACGCCCUCCUCGACCUCUGCGAAGACGACGACAUCAAUAUCCGAAGACAUGCCAUCAAAGAGUUGCCGAACAUCUGUCGCGAGCGCAAGGAAUAUGUCUCGAAAAUGGCUGACGUUUUGGCACAACUGUUGCAAACGGAAGACAAUGCGGAACUAACUAUUGUUAACCAAUCGUUGACCACUUUAGCCAAAUAUGACGCCAAAAGCUUCUUCGGCGGACUCUUCUCGCAGAUCUUCGGCGGCGAAGAAGUGGUGCGCGAGAGAGCCAUAAAGUUCUUGAAGGAUCGCUUUAAACUCAUUCCCAGCGAUAUACUGACCAAAGAAGUGGAGGAAUACUUCUUGGAGGAGACGCGCAAAGUGAUGGCUGACGUAACCAAAGACGAGUUCAUCACUUUUAUGACACUAUUAAGUGGUCUCAAGAUAUCGAAGUCUCUGAGCGGUCAGCAAACGCUUAUGGAGAUCGUGAGGGAACAGGCGGAGCUCAACACACCCUUCGAUGCCUCAGACAUGGAUUUGGUGGACAGACUGUUGAUGUCUAUCAGACACGGCGUCCCGUUUUUCUCUCAAUUCGUUCCGUCGACUGAUUUUGUAAAAUAUGUUUGCAUUCAAGUGUUGCCUCAAUUGACACUUUUGGAGUCAAAACAGGCGGGAAUUGAAUUGGAUUUUCUGCAACUAUUGACCGAAAUGUCGCCCUUUUUGUCACCAAAUACUGACACAAUUGAAGUCGAGAAAUGUUUGACGCGAGUGUUUACUAAAUUACUGGAUUACAUGCCAACCCCUCCUAUAUUGGAAACGGAGACACAGAGUACUACUAAUGGAAACGAUGAGCCGACCCUUCAAUUCUCGCACAUCGAGUGCUUAUUAUAUACUUUCCAACAGUUGUGUAAACUUAACCCACAAUUCUUGUCGGACUCGCAGCCGGAGCGGGUCAAGGAUUUCCGACUGAGACUUCAAUACGUGGCCAGAGGUGUUCAAGGCUCUAUUACAAAACUGCGCAAACAUUUGUCGACAAUUAAAGGAGAGGCACUUAAAUCAGAGGAAAAUAAGCUGAGAGUUAUGGCACUCAAGACCACUAAUAAUAUAAAUACAAUGAUUCGCGAUUUGUUCAAAAGUCCCCCGAGUUUUAAGUCAAGUAUUGCGCUCUCGUGGAAACCUCCGGCCUCUAAGGCCGCCGCACCCCCUAAACUACUGUCACCUACGAGUACAGCACCGACCGCAGCAAUUGUCGCUACGACUGCAGCCACUGAAUCCGACACUACGCCUAAGGCUUCUAAGAGACAGCCCAUUACAGCACCGGAAGGUUCCGAAGCAAAAAAGGAGCGCACGGCCAACCCACGGCAAAUAUACGCACCGCCAGGUGGCAAAUUUAGCGGUGGAGUCAAGAGAUUUGGUAACAAUAACGGCACCCGUGGCUCAUACCGGGGCGGCGGAGGAUUUAGAGGUGGGUUCCGCGGCGGACGCGGAUAUAAUCGAGGCUUUAAUCGAUGGAGUAAUUGAGUGCUUGAAUAGUAAACAUAUUU